AUGGCGUCGUGGCCAGCUGGCCUCGGCGUGGAUGAAUGGGCGAUUGUGGCACGGCACCUGCCCGAUCUCCCCGUGGCUGCAGGUGGCUGCGAGGGCGAUGAGAGCCUCGACGGCGACAAUGAUGAUGAUCGUCAUUUUCCCGCCAAGACCCGCGACAUCAACGCCCUCGUGUCGAUGCGAGCAUUCUUCAACCUCAUGCUGACAUGCCGCAACCUGUACCACAAUCUGCCAAACGCCAUGCCGCGGUGGUGCUUCAGCGGCCACUUCGGGCCAGGCGUGGUGCAAGGGUUCAUUGAGCCAGAUGUGGAGGCGAGCAGGCGCUCCGGCGACCGCGCCUUUGACGUGGAUGUCUGGCUGGAGGAGCGCUUCCUCGUGUACUCGUGGCUGGGAGCAACCUGGGCAUGCAACUGCGCCUUCCUCCAACGGCAGCGCCCCUUCUCCGAAGCGUUUUGCACCGCGUUUGCGACCUGCAGCCGCGUCGUGUUCUCGUCCCAGUCUGCCAUUGAUCUCUGGAACUCAAAGUUCAACCUGUCGACACACGCACACUCAGCCACAACCACUGCGCAGCAAACUGCCGCCGAGCCAGACGCGCGAGGCAAGGCGCCAGCACCAGCGCUGGCAGCAGAGCCAACGCGCGCAGAUAAGCCUGCUUCCGCGGUUGUUGCGGCCGGUGAUGCCAACCCACCCGCGCACGCCAGCUCCAAUCUGAUGGGUGCUGAUGCCACAACCACAACAUUGUCUACAACGACAACAACCACCACAGCGACGACAACAACAAUAACAGCCUCGACUACAACAGCAACAACAACUUCGACAACGACCACUACGAUGUCAACAACCACAACAACGACAUCGACGAUGGCGGGUGCGCCUGUCCUCCGCCCGGCCUUUGCGACACUGGUGGCUUGGCUGGAGACGCAAUCACAAGUGGACGCGUGCAUGCGUGCCUUGAAGGUGCUUGGCUGUGCCAACACACAGCUGCACGCCGUCGUGCUCGUGGAAACGCUGCACAUUACGUGCAAACUGCAGUAUCUUCACAUGCAAUCCAGGCCAAUCAGAACCCUCGCCUGCAACGGCAAUGUGUCACGAAUCAGUUGGCACGUCCACACGCACCAGCAGGCCAUCGCGGGCGACUUUCGCGGUGUCGACCAGGUCAUGCUGCGUGCCAUGUGUAUCGGUCGAGCCACGAGGCUGCGUAGCAUCGAUGGACUAGACGGCGUCCCCCGAGUGAAGCUCGUAUGCGUGGCGCUCGCAAGCGUGGCACCGCUGGCCAGGGCAGAGCGCGUGCACCUGAACGACGUCAGCGUGGCGGACAUCACCCCACUGUGCAAUGUGCCCCAUCUCACCCUCUACAUGUGCAAGCGGCCAUCCCACGCCGACCUUCGCCUCGCAGCCACGCACAUCAGCCUGACUGGUGUCAGCUCCCUCACGGGCACAUUGCAUGUGCCAAACGCAACGCACAUCCACCUUCAAGGCUGCAGUGGCCUCGAGGGCCUUGCAUGUGGGCCGCGGCUGGAGUCACUGCACAUGCAGCGCUGCCCGAAGAUCCGCUCCCUCCCUCCUUUCGAGCGUGUCCAGCAGCUGGCGACCGAUGUGCCGCUCACUGCUGACGUGGCAGCGGCGCUCGUGGGGCGGGUGGAACGGCUCUCUGUGCAACUCACCUCACAGUCCUCGGCACAAGCAGCCCUGCGCUGCCUGCAAGCAAUCCCUGCCCGCGCAAGCACGAACGAUGUCGGCGAUGCGGGCGAAGUUGGUGGUGAGGAUGGUGGUGGGAAUGGGGACUUUGUUGGUGAUGAUGAUGAUGAUGAUGAUGAUGAUGAUGAUGAUGAUGAUGAUGAUGAUGAUGAUGAUGAUGACGACGCUGGAAAUGAUGGUGGUGUUGGUGAUGAUGGUGAUGAUGGUGUUAUGGAGAUUGCGAUCACUUUUAAUGACAGUGAUGAUGCGAAUGAUGGUGAUGAUGUCGUUGUUGUUGUUACACACAGUGGCCGUGGUGGUGGUGGUGGUGCUCGCAGCAGUGGCCACAGUGUUGCUCGCAGCAGCGGCCACAGUGUUGCUCGCGGCAGCGGCCACAGUGUUGCUCGCGGCAGCGGCCACAGUGGUGCUUGCAGCAGCGGCCACAGUGUUGCUCGCAGCAGCGGCCACAGUGUUGCUCGCGGCAGCGGCCACAGUGUUGCUCGCGGCAGCGGCCACAGUGGUGCUUGCAGCAGCGGCGGUGCUCGUGAGGAGGGCACGUGGGUGGAUGUGCAAGGGUGCCCGAUCCAGGACAUUCACCGCGUGCUGCCUCCCUGUGUGAAUGCGAUUGAGGUGAAUGCGCAUCCACGCCGGGGCAUGGGCGGCCGCCUACCCCCGCUGCGAUCAUCGCUGUUUCAACACGUGCGGGAGCUUCGCCUGCGCAGCCGAGACGGCGCGCUGGCAAUUGAUGCGAGUGAGCUGUCUGCACUACCGCACUUGCGACAGCUGUCCCUCGUCGGCUGUGAGCUCACUGGCGGGGUGCUGGCCGGCUUUGAGCGCGUGGAUAUGAACAAGUGCUUUGGCAGCGUCUCUGUGCGACACGUGAACGUGCUUCGAUGCUGUGUGCUGACUGCCACGAUGAUGUUUGUGGAGGUUGCGCACGUCAAGGUGUUGCUGCUCGGUGCGUGCCACGACAUGGUACUGCGGGCCACGCGUGAUGUCGACACGUGCCGCGUGACGCACUGCACCGUCAAGGACUGGUCUGGCUAUGCUGGCAUUCGCCGCUUGGGUGUGUACUCAACGCAACUGCGCAGCUUCAACAUGCCGCAGCUGCCCAUGCUGCUGACGGUCAAGCGCUGCCAAGACGACUCCAUCCGCGCGCACUUCAAUUUCUCGCUGGUCGGCCGGACGAGGAAGGAGGUGGUCACCGACCUCCUUGCGCAGCGGGCGCAGCGGCGGCUGCGCAGCCGUGGCGAAGGCGGACAGUAUGACGACGACGACGACGACGACGACGACGACUACGACAGCUACAAUGACGAUGACGAUGAUCGUGAUGGUGAGGACGAGGACGAGGGCGGGGACGAGGACGAUGUGUAA